GGGGCAUGCUUCCACGCACCAAGUACAACCGCUUCAGGAAUGACUCGGUGACAUCGGUCGACGACCUUCUGCACAACCUGUCGGUGAGCGGCGGCGGCAAGGUCUCGGCGGCGCGCGCGGCCCCGGCGGCGGCCCCCUACCUCGUGUCCGGAGACGCGCUGCGCAGGGCGCCCGACGAUGGGCCGGGCAGCCUGGGCCACCUGCUCCACAAGGUGUCCCACCUGAAACUCUCCAGCUCGGGCCUCCGCGGCCGCUCGGCGGCCAGGGCGCGGGCGGGCGCGCGGCUCUCGGGCAGCUGCAGCGCGCCCAGCCUGGCCGCCCCGGACGGCAGCGCGCCCCCCGGCCCCGGCGCCCCGGCCAUGCGCGCCGCCAGGAAGGGCCGGCCCGGCGACCAGCCGCCGCCGCGCGCCCCGCACGCCAGCGACCAGGUGCUGGGGGCCGGAGUCACCUACGUCGUCAAGUACUUGGGGUGCAUUGAAGUUCUCCGCUCAAUGAGGUCUCUUGACUUCAGUACAAGAACACAGAUUACCAGGGAAGCCAUCAGCCGCGUCUGCGAAGCCGUCCCUGGCGCCAAGGGAGCCUUCAGGAAGAGAAAGCCUCCCAGCAAAAUGCUGUCCAGCAUCUUGGGCAAGAGCAACCUCCAGUUUGCGGGCAUGAACAUCUCCCUGACCGUGUCCACCGCCAGCCUGAACCUGCGGACACCCGACUCCAAACAGAUCAUCGCCAACCACCACAUGCAGUCCAUCUCGUUCGCCUCUGGGGGAGACCCGGACACAACCGACUACGUUGCGUACGUAGCUAAGGACCCUGUUAACCGCAGAGCGUGUCACAUUCUGGAGUGCUGCGACGGGCUGGCCCAGGAUGUCAUCGGCUCCAUCGGACAGGCCUUUGAACUCCGGUUUAAGCAGUAUUUGCAGUGUCCUUCCAAGGUCCCCGCUUUCCAUGACCGAAUGCAGAGUCUGGAGGAGCCUUGGACUGAAGAGGAGGGGGAUGGCUCAGACCACCCGUACUACAACAGCAUCCCAAGCAAGGCGCCCCCUCCGGGGGGCUUUGUGGACGUGCGGCUGCAAGCCAGACCCCACGCCCCUGACACGGCCCAGUUUGCAGGCAAAGAGCAGACGUACUACCAGGGGAGACACCUGGGAGAGCCGUUCGGCGAAGACUGGAAGCCAGCACCUGUCCGGCAAGGGUCCUUGGACACCUACAGCCUGCCGGAAGGGAGAGCUCACGCGGGCCCCGGAGAAGCCCCCACCUACGUGAACGCCCAGCACAUCCCGCCGCAGGCCACGCCGGCCUCCGGCAGCAGCGCGGAGAGCAGCCCGCGGAAAGACCUCUUCGACAUGAAACCCUUUGAAGACGCUCUCAGGAACCAGUCCUCGGGGCCUGUGCUGAGCAAGGCGGCCUCCGUGGAGUGCAUCAGCCCUGUCACGCCCAGAGCCCCGGAUGCCAAGAUGCUGGAGGAGCUGGAAGGGGAGCCUUGGUACCAAGGGGAGAUGAGCCGGAAGGAGGCCGAGGGGCUGCUGAAGAACGACGGGGACUUCCUGGUCAGGAAGAGCGCCACCAACCCGGGCUCCUUCGUCCUCACGGGCAUGCACAACGGCCAGGCCAAGCACCUGCUGCUCGUGGACCCGGAGGGCACGGUCCGGACGAAGGACAGGGUCUUCGACAGCAUCAGCCACCUCAUCAACCACCACCUGGAGAACAGCCUGCCCAUCGUCUCUGCUGGAAGCGAGCUCUGUCUCCAGCAGCCGGCGGAGAAGCCCCUGUGACCGGCCGGCCACCCCGUC